CACUCAUGAUCUGCAGCUGUACGAACACACGAAUGGGCAAUGUGACAUUGCCAAUGUCCAUUGGACAUGGCUCUACCAUAGAGCCAUAGAGUCUAUGACGCUGAGCCAGUCCGCAGAGGAUUUCAAUGCCGGAUAGGUGGGUAAUUCACUUCCUGUUUCCCCCUUCACCACUCAAGUCUCAACGAACAAUGCAGAUCUUUGCCCCUCUCGUCGCACUUGCUGGUCUCGUCGCAGCUGCGGAGGGUGCUUGCACCGGACCCAAUGCGCGCACAACGCCCCCACCCGGUGCCGUCGUCGUUGACGCCACCGGGGCCUAUAACGGCAGCUUCAAGACUGUCUCUGAAGGAGUGGCCAAGCUUUCCAAUACGACGGCCCCGCACAUUCUCUUUUUGAUGCCUGGCACCUACGAGGAGCAGGUAACGAUCCCGAAAAUCAAGGGUAACCUUGUUGUGCAGGGCUACACUUGUGAUACGACGUCGUACGCUGCAAAUGAGGUCACUAUCACGCACGCCAUGGCGCAAAAGGAUGUUCCUGCCAACAUCACCAAGAGCCGAAACGACUACACCGCCACGCUGCUGCUUAAGGCUAGUAACGUGAAAAUGUACAACCUCAACGUUGCCAACACGGCCGGUAACAUUGGUCAAGCUAUUGCUAUGAAGGUCGACGGUGCAAAUUACGGAAUCUACGCCUGUAAUCUGACGGGCUACCAAGACACUCUGUACGCGAAUAAGGGUCCGGAACUCUUCGCCAAGUCGUACAUUAAUGGUGCUGUGGAUUUCGUCUUUGGUCUGUACGCGAAGGCCUGGUUCGAGUCCUGCGACAUCGAGUCUGUGGGCAAAGGCUGCAUCACUGCUAACGGCCGCACUAACGACUCGAAUCCGUCCGAGUACGUCUUCAACAACGCUCGUGUCUUUGGAUCCAAUCCGGGACAAGCCUUCCUGGGACGCCCGUGGCGCCCGUAUGCUCGUGUCGUUUUCCAGAACAGUAAUCUCAGCGAUGUUAUCAACCCAGCAGGCUGGCAGCAGUGGAACGGAGACAACAACACGGCUAACCUCUACUUCAAGGAGUUCAACAACAUUGGAGCUGGGGCAGCGACCGACCAGCGUGUUGGCUUCAGUGGAACACUGGAGAAACCUGUGGCCAUCACGGAAAUCCUUGGCGAGAGCUACGAGUCUGCGUGGUGGGUGGACAAGUCAUUUAUGUAAGCAAUUUGACAUGUGAAGCAUUUGAUAAUAAUUGAUGUAAUUCAAAACUCUCU